AUGACGCCCGAAUAUAAAGCUGACAAGAUCGCGGCCGUGUCGCACCUGGGCGGUGGCGGUAUCUGGGAAAUCAACCAUGUCGCACUCGUGGCUCCCGUACGACACCCUCCCGGCAGCGGAAAUUGACCACGCUGACCAACAACGCAGGCGGCCGCCUUCUUAUGGGCCAUGCUACAGACUCGACAAAACUUCUUCAAGCCCUACAACCUCCCCGCCGCUUUCUCGGACUUCCUGAUCAACUGCGGGGCCAUCUUGUUCGCAACGACCGUCUACUCCGGAGCACCUCAAAUUCUCAACGGCCUGCUUCUCCUCCCUGCCCUCGCCGCCUUCCUGCAGCAAUCCAAAGAAGUCCAGAAGCCUCCCAAGCCUCCCGUCAAAGCGGAGGUGAAUGGCAAAUCGACUGGCUCUAAGGAUGAGGACGAAGAGGACCAACCGGAUCCGCUCCCUGUCAAACCUUUCAUCACCACCUACCGGGGAGCGAUGAUGAUCAUCACUUGCUCCAGCAUCCUCGCGGUCGAUUUCCCUGUCUUUCCAAGACGAUUUGCCAAGACUGAGUCCUUUGGAACAUCGCUUAUGGACAUGGGCGUCGGUUCCUUCGUCUUCGCUGCUGGUGUCGUAGCUGCUCGCCAGCAGCUCAAGGAAGAGAAUUCCGGAACACGUUCCAUGGCUGGACGCUUGAAAGCUUCCAUGCGUCAUUCACUUCCCCUCCUUGUCCUGGGGUUCAUCCGUCUGUUGAGUGUCAAAGGUCUUGACUACGCUGAACACGUGAGCGAGUACGGUGUGCACUGGAACUUCUUCUUCACCCUCGCGCUAUUAUCGCCGGCAGUGGCGAUCCUGCAACCCAUUCUUCGAAUCAUGCCAACGCUCCACAUCUUCGCUUUUGUUCUGGCCAUUGGCUAUGAGCUGAUCCUGUUCUGCGUGCCGGACAUGAAGAAGUACAUCAUCCUCUCAGCACGCGUUCCAGGAGACUUUCUUUCGCAGAACAGGGAGGGCGUGUUCUCUUUCAUAGGAUACCUGGCCAUCUUCAUCGCCGGUAUGGCCACUGGACUGAACAUUCUUCCUCGUGACCCAGAACCAGAGGUGCCUCAGAAGGAUGGGUUGGACCAGGACGCAGAUUGGCUGGCUUCUGUCCUAGCAGGCGAGCCUGGUGAGCCCUCAGCGGCCGCACCACCCGUUGAGAUGCCACAAAUCAAGCCUGAGCUUCCAAAGAGCACUCUACCCAGACUGGCUAUGUGGACUGCACUAUGGUUCAUCUUCUCAGUCUGGGCGAUGUGGAGAUACGGGCCUCGACUGUUCGUCUCCCGGCGAAUGGCUAACCUGGCCUAUGUGUGCUGGGUUUGCUCUUUCAAUACGGCGCAGCUGCUGCUGUUCUGUAUCAUUGAGACGAUCAUGUUUCCGGGCAUCUACAAAGCUAAGACCAGGGCGGCCGAGAAGCAGCGCAUCCAGGAAGCCACCAGCAGGGUCAUGCGGGCAUUCAAUCGCAAUGGAUUGGCCAUUUUCUUGUUGGCCAACCUGCUCACCGGUUUGGUGAACAUGACGCUCUCGACGAUCCACAUGAGCGACGUGGGGGCCAUGACAGUACUGGUGCCGUACAUGGGCGUGCUUUGCGCCGUGGCGCUUGCUCUGGACCACUACAAUAUCUCCAUUAAAUUGUAA